CAAAAGGAGGAAAAGGAGGAAAAGCGUCGUCCACAGUACCAGGACAAGGCAGAGGCGCAGCAUCAGUGGUGUGAUUGUAGUGUUGAAUUUGAUGUAAGCAGCUAGCAAGACCGUAUUUCAAACAUGGUGAAUGUUAUGAAAGGAAUCCUGAUCAAAUGAAUCUGAUUGAUGAGCAAUACGAAAAGGUGUAUUACAAUCAGAAAAGCAGCUUAGAGUAACUUGUCACCAUGGCAUCACGAGAGUCAGGUCGCCAAAAAGAUGCUUCUUCAAGGCGUAUCUUGGAUGAGAGUGCCAGAAGGAGACGAGCCAGAAAAGCAUUAGAGGCACUUGAACAAGACAACUUCCAUGAUGACCCACAUGCAAACUUGGUUAUGAGCAAGAAGGCACCUAAAUUUGAAGAAUCACUUGAUGGUUCCAGAAAUAAAGAUCGAAAGAGAAGAACUAGAAGUUCAGAAUACUUCAAGCAGAGAUUUCGUAAAACCUUCACCAUACUGCUUGAAGAGGAGCAAGCACUAUACCCUGAUGGUCCUAAUUACCUGACAGUUCAAGCCCCAUCUUCAAAAAGGCCUGAACGUCGCUUGUGUGCAGUUUGUGGCUUCCCUGCACCUUACACAUGCAUUCCUUGUGGCUCACGAUACUGCUCCACCAAGUGUCUCUCCACUCAUGAAGAUACACGGUGUCUGAAAUGGACUGCCUAAACAUUUUUUUGUACGAGUAAGUAGUGGUAUCAAGUGGUGAGAUCAUAGAAUGUAUUUUCUUCUAUUCAGAAAGCCAACAUUAGAGUUCACCAAUUCUAGUAACUGGCUCAUAAAUGAUAGGAAGGGUUAUGUCCAGUUGAUAGGGAGAUUGCUGUGGGGAUGACAAACUUACUCCAUUGUGAAUUUUCAUUGUGAAUUUUUGGACAAAAUGCAGUAGGAUCAUCAGUGAUUAUAUUUUUUGUUACAGAAGUAUAUAGUACAUGUAUGCAUGGUAAACUUUUUGCAACAAUAAAUUUAUAGUUUUGAGAAGGUCUUUCACAAUAAAAAGCAUCUCCAUUCAUGUAAGAGGUAAUAUUUUUAAAAAUAAAAUAUGAAUAAACCCA